AUUAACCCACACCAAACCCCCUUCCAACCGAGCGAUUCGCCUCCGCCACAAAAAAUGGGGAGCUGAAGCUGAAAGGGUCCGGGCUAACAUUGUGCGCGUCUAGCUAGCUAUUUUAAAAGCUGUGCUCCAUAGUCGCGAUCGCGAACCCGCAUGAAUUGAGUUAUCAUAUUGUAAAAGUUGUGAUUAUAAAUUAUAAUAAUCCAAUGUGGUCUUGAGUCUUGUCACGUUUACUUGGAAAUGUUUGCAUGCAACGGGGGGUUUGGUGCUAAACUAUGAACUUGUUUCUUACAUGGUAAAGGAAACCGUACCGGAAGUCAUACCGGCUCCGCCAGUGGUAGGGUAUUUUGUGGUACUACCGUGGUUCAAUCGUUGUGUACCGGCAAAAUACCGUUUUUGUAAUUAAAUAAUAUUUUUUUGUUAAAAAACCGUACCGGCAGAUUUGUGAUACCGUUUCGGAAUAAUACCGGAAUAAAACCGAAAUAUACCGGAUAACAAACUUCAAAUAAUCAAAUUACGACUUAACAAAAAAGAAUAGUGGUCCGUGUAAGGCUUCAAUUGGUAAGAGAGCCAUCCACCCAUUACAUCUAACACGUAACCGUGAUCAAAAGAUGGUGAUUUGAUUCUUACUAAUUUAAUUCAAUGUAAUCAAAGAUUUCCGUCGGCAACUUAGAUCUACCUUCCAAUCUUCUGUUUCCUACCCUACCGGCCCCUCCAAUUAUCAAUUUCCCUCUUUUUCCCCUUUCCAAAACCCCAAUUUCGCCCCGACGUGCGCCCGGGACUUCCCCGCGCUGAGUCGCGACCGCCGCACGAAUUCGUCGAAUUCCCUCGACAAUUCUCCCGGGUAAAGCUGCUGGGGGUAAUCGGAUUCACCCGUGUUUCCAUUUCUCUACCGGUUGAUGGACGCAAUUAGGGUUCGCGACAGUGAUCUCGCGAACAAGCCGAGCUCGUCGACGUCGCCCCGCUCUCGGUGACGACCUCCACCUCGAGGAACGAGACCAUCAAUGGCUCCCACGAGUUCGACAUCAGUGGCUACUCGCUGUCCAAGGGGAUGGGCGUCUGCAAGUACAUAGCUUCCGAGACGUUCUUCGUCGGGGGUUACGCUUGGGCGAUCUACUUUUAUCCCGACGGGAAGAGUCCCGAGGAUAACGGGAAUUACGUGUCUUUGUUCAUUGCGCUGGCCAGCGAGGGGACGGAUGUUAGGGCGUUGUUCGAGCUGACGUUGAUGGAUCAGAGUGGGAAAGCACGGCAUAAGGCAGCUAACCCCCGGUUAGACCAAAACCGGGCGGUUUUUUGAGUUGAACCGGUUUUAUCGGGAAAACCGGCUGGAACGACUCUUUCCCUACAAACCAGCUAUUAUAUCGGCCAGGCACCAAAAUCCGGUUUUACCGGUUCAACCGGCCGGUCCGAUCCGGUUUAAUUUACCAUGGUUUCUUAUAUGUUUUUUUUCUUCCUAAUGUAUCGGUUGAUAUUGGUUUGUUAUUCUUUAUGGAGUAAGAAUGAGGCGUACUACCGUUCAUUGUUUGUUUUGAUCGAAAUGACGAUUAUGAAAUGAGUGCAAGAGCAUUCAAAUAUUUAUGUGCAAGGGUCACAUUAUGUAAGAUACUUUUUUAUUGCAUGAAAUACUAGGAGAACAUGUGCAACAUGGGACUGCAUUUAAUUGUCGAAAAGAAAAAAAUUAAAAAACAUGGGACUGCAUGCAAAUACCAUAAUUACUUUGAAAAAAAAAAACCAUAAUUAUUAAUUAAGGUUGGAGCGGAGCCUGCUCCAAUACGCGGAUCCUUACCUUUCUCUAACCAACUAGAACUAAAACAAUCACAUGUAUUCAUAAAAAAAAAAAAAAAAUCACAUGCCAAUGAACAGAAUUAAUUAUUCAAUAAUUUCGGAGCUAGACAGGAUACAUUUCAGUAAGGAUCGUCCAGCAAAAUAUUUUCCACACGUUGAAUAUCAAGAAAAAUAUAUUAUCUUCCAUAACAAUGUAAUUUUUUUGUGAAUUAUAAAGCUCCGCGUUCACACUAAUAAGUCUUCCACUUGUGACAAAAAUUCCUAUAGAAAAGAAGUGGUCGAACCGUCAACGUUUGUCCAAAACAAAAUGGAUGUCGACUCAGGAUUCUUUUCUGAACUAGGAGCUGAUCAGCUUGCCUCACUCAUAACUGACGCAUUCUUUUUAAUAUAUAUCGACUUCUAUUGUAUAUUGGGUAAAAUUUAGGAUACUAUCCUGAGUAGGGAAAUGUUAUACAUACCUCGAAUUAAUCAGAUUUUUGGCAUGAUACUAUACCCUAACCCGGGUGAACCCUAGGUCUUACUUAUAUAAACCAUAGAGCCUAACCCCUAAGAUUAUGCAUGUAAUUUGUUGUAUAUAUUUUGACGAAUCAUGACCAUCGAUUUUUAUUCCUAAUUAAAUUGAUCUUAUUGUAUGAGAUUUAUAGGAUUAAGAUCUAGAUUUUAAUCUUUAAGAGUUUGACAAUUGUACCAAAUGUUAAACUCCGGUCAAUUCAAGAUCUGGAUAUCAUUUUUUACUCAACAUAUGUCAUACCUUUGAUAUUACCAAAGGUACAAUAAAACCACCAAUAUAUAUGCAGGGGCGGAGCCAGAGCAGGCCAAGGUGGGUCGACUCCACCACCUUGGUUUUGCAACACCUGAGCAAGUAAUAGGCUUUUCAAUUCUGCAGACUUUGUUUUCUGUUCAUAAUUCAUACUCUGUUCUUGGUCGAAGCUUGUAUAAGUAGCUGCUUUGAUCGAAUAACAUAAAAAGGAAGCUUGCUUUUGUGUUUGAUCAAUAUGUCAACGUUUUAAAAUUACUUUAAUUGACGUGAAAGUGGGCUUACAUGUUACAUAUACAAGGUUGUCAAACCGGUUUAUGCCGGUGUGCCGGUUUUGUAAGUGGAAUGGUCUGACCGUGGUACAACCAGUAUUCAUGCCGGUUGUGCCGGUUUUAAUAAAAUACAUGAGGAAAAUGGAAAUCUUCAAUUCCAAAUAAAUUAAUCAUGAAAAAGCAAUUAGAAGAAUUAUUUCACACAAAAUCAUUUAUAGCCAAGAAUUGAUAACUAAUACUAAACAAUUAGAUGCUCAAAAACAAAAUUUUAUUAAAUGAAUUUUAUUAAUGUUU